AGAGCAUAUAUGGCUCCUUUGGAGGUGCAUUCGGAGAUAACAUAGAAAUGUUUUAUUUUUUUCGCUUUCAUUACGUGCUGCGACUCCGAGCGGUGACAAUAUUUGCGAGAUUCAGCCCUAGUGAACAGUUCUGGACCAGCGCUCUGUGGAAAAAUCUCUCUGCACAUAGAAAAAACGGUGGUUCUGUAUCUGUUCUAUAAAUAUUGGCCUCCACGAUCUAAAUGUCACAUCCGACAUUAGUGUUAGAAAUGGGCAUAAGAUUACUACUUUUGGCAAUCGUUGGUUUGGGAUCAUUAUACGUUAUGCAUCUUUUGGCGCAGGACUUUAUGAAGCUCUCAAAGCCCCUCUUCAUGGCCUCCGGGAAAAGAGGCACAACAAAUUUCAACCGAACUAGCGUUUUAACUAGUUUCGAGGAACAAAUAGACUGGAGCAACAUGAUGAGAAGAGAUCCGUUCAAAUGUUCACUUUCAUUCAUCUGUCAACUGGCCGCCGGUGCAGAGCCAAAAAAUGAAGCAGCAAAUAUUAUCUACGAGUUCAUCCAUUACAGCGUGGAAACUAAUAGUAAAGUACCCAAAAAACUAGUUCAAUCCUUUAAACGUGGCCUUAGUUUUAAUAAGUUCAAAGAGGUAGAUUUCGAAAAUUGUUAUCCACACUAUCCCCUAUGCAUUUAUUCCGCUAAAACUAUGUUGAAGUUAAUGAAUCUUAAUGCGAAGCUUUUUGGAACUGGAAAAUAACGAUAUCCAGUUUUAUCGAAGUCUCGAAUACAAUUGCGGAUAUAUCACAUGGUGAUAUAGAUAAACAGUUGUGUUGUAGACAGAUCCGCCUUUAAUUGCCUGAUUAAAACGAGUGUAAUGGAAAAUAUAACAGAGGGUGUCAGCAAAACAUAUGAGACAGCUAAAGUAAUACUCAUUAAUUGCUAAUAAUCGAAGGUAAUUUGAAUAAUGUUCAAAUUUCAAUAAGAGUUGCACUCUAAAAUUGCUUUCCUUGAAGAGAGAUAAAAUUCACUCGUUCAAUUACUGAUAAAUAAUUCUCAUGAUUUCAUGUGGUGGUAUCCGUGUCUUUAGAAAUCACUACAAAAACGCGAGUUGGCACAAAGCCUCAAAAUGAGAUGACGGAAAUGUUUUGAAAUGCCUGUCACGCUGCUCCAUUGUUGUUUUCAGUCUCAUUAUUCGAUUCUAACGAGCAGUCACUGCUGCAGGAUUCCAGCGACAAGACGAAAACCGAGAUCCUUCUUCAGUCGCGUAGCACAUAAAUGGUAUCGUUUGAUUAAGGAUUUUUUUUCUUCCCAUGUGCACAUAGAAGGUGCACAAGUAAAUUUGUAAUCCCUGGAAUGUGAUAGCCAUAUCACAUUUCAGGUGGGCAUUUCAUCCCCCGGUAUGCUGUAAUUAAGAAAUCUCACUUUUCAACUCGUUGCUUACGCCCGCAGUUGGGCUCGUUAGGAUUCAUAAAAAUGCAUAAAAUAAUUAUGUUCAAGUUGUAAAUGUGUUAUAAAAAUUAAAACAUGCUCGGUUCGUGUAGAAUUUAAUGGCGUAACUUUUCUUUGUAGUGGAAGUUUUUUGUCCUUCUGCAAUGCAAUACCGUAUGAUUAUGACAGAGCGUAAUUUUUCUUCAAAUUCACCAUUAAUCCCCAGAAGGUAAAACAGAUUUGCAAAUUUUAGAAUGAUUACUGUACAAUUAAGGGUACGGCAUUAAAAAUGAAAUUCAUGCAUAUAAUCAUUUUCUGCUACGUCGCCGGGUACACAGUGAAAUGUUAAUGAAUGUUAUAGUUGCAAAAUUCAUAGAGCAAAAAACAAAUCGGUUUUUGUACAUCCAAACGUUUAUUUCUCUUCUUCUCGCAUAUAAAAAUAGAUUUAGAAAAUACUUUCUUAUACAUAGAUUCAAGUUACCGUCUGUAAAUACCUUAAUAUAAAAUUGUGUAUAAUUAGUAUAAAUAUGUUUACAUUUGUAAAUUCAAUGUACUUAU